GUCAUUUCCCGACCACCAACCAAUUCGAGAACCGCCUUUUCAGGAUAAUGUUCCCCUUCAGAACGCCUUGCAGCUUCAUCAUUCGUCUCAAAUACGAUGGUCGCACAUCACUUGCGCCAGCGGACUUGCUUAUUCUCGGCCAACCACCUUUCUCGGUGCUUAAUUGCUCGAGCUAUUGAUCCACACCUGUUGUGGCGAUGAUAACUCCGGACUAUCGCCAGACAAGCGCCGCCAACCUAAAACAAGUCUACCCGGCGCUGAGGCCUGCAGGUUGCGAGAGUUGUCACCGGGCUUUCUCCACCCCACUCUGACCUCAAGCAAGUUAUCACGAGUUGACACAACUCACACACAUUGCGACACCCAGUUGCGCAAUGGCGGUUAUACCGCCGAGCGAGAAAAGAGUGUACGAGCUCAUCAGUACAGUAGGGACGAACAUAGACAGAUUGCGACAAGGGAUCAACGCGCUGAGGCAGCUACAUGACCGCUGGACAGGUUGCAAUAAAACAGCUAUCAACCUCAUAGCACAGCUCACAUCGCUCCGGGCAACUCUGGACAACGUGCACGAUUGGCUCAACUAUGCGAUCAACGAUCUACAUUCACAGCUUCUCUUAGACCUGGAUCUCUUGAUGGCAUCAUGCGCAUUGCUCGUGCGACAUGUAGACCAGUUGAUCGCAAGCCUUCGACAGCCGGACCCGGACGCAGUGGAUUGCGCAGUCAAGCUGAAGUACGCCGUUGGCGGUCGGUCGAUGGAGCGGCUCAGGGAUGUUGCUGAGCGUCAAUCAGAAUCCGUGCGCAUACUGCUAGCAGCAUGCAAAUGUCAUACCACUGCGCAGCGCAAGAUCCUGUUGCACAAAAGUCGACAGAUUAGGAAGGAGGAUGACCUUUCCAUGAAAGUACUAGCGCGAUCAUCCAGAUGGAAUGGUGGAUGUAUGACCGUCCUCACAGGUGUCUCCAGAGGAAUCCAAGGCCUCAGACUAUCCUACUACCGGAAGUUCAAACGGAAAGACAGUCUCGAUGAGCCAACCGAAAAGGACUACGAUAAUGCCGCAGCUACCAUUCGGUCCGAAGCCAUCGAUCGUGCGUUGCAAGAAGACAGCAUGAUGCUUCGACGAGAGACAAAGCUGAUGCUGAUGGGCCAGGACCAUAGCGGCAAGGAUCUCGUCAUGCAUCAGAUCAAAGUCCUGUAUGCCGAAGGUUACUACUCACCAGAAGACCGCAUGAAGUUCCGAGAUGCUGUGCGCUCGACGCUGCGGCUACUCAUCCAUUCCAUUAUCGAUUUGCUGAAAGACACUGGUAUCAAUUUACCUACGGCACUAAGUCAUGAUUUCGCGAUUCUGCUGGACGAGGUGGAUACAGUCGACAUGCACCGCAUUACAAUCGAGGCCGCGGCAGCCGUACGCAACCUGUGGGUGAGCGACGAGUUUUCCUCGAUGUACCUUAAGAACUUCGAAAUCGACUUUCCACAGUACGCACCCUACUUCGCCCAGGAGGUUCAAAGGAUAGCUUUGGGAGACUACGUACCCACCGAAGCAGAUAUCAUUCGUCUCAAUCAGUCAAUAGGCGGCAUCAAGGAGCUGCGCUUCAACUGGGACGAACUGGAUGUACAUAUGUUCAACAUCAAUGGCUACAUCCCCGACCAAUUUCGCAAGCGCUGGUUUCACCAAUUCGACAGCGCAACAUCGCUUGUCUACACAGUCGAUGUGUCCCUAUACGACCGUCCCUUCUACGGCCAAACGACAAAAUCACAGCUCCUGGAAGACUUCGCCAGCUUCGAAUCCUGGGCCACAUCACAAAACUUCGCCGAUUCUGCCAUCAUCCUUCUACUCAACAACUUCACCCGCUUCCGCGACAAACUGCGCUACUCUCCCCUCAAAACGCUCUUCCCGGACUACGUACCCAACCCGACUGACCCGGACGGCUCAGCACGUCAGUACAUUCUUAAGAAGUUCAAGGACGUCAACCGUAACCGGCUAUCUAUUUACUCGUUCUGGGUCGAUCUCGAUAUGAGCGACAAUCAGCACUUAUAUGCUGCGCUGAAGAAGACACUGCAACACAUUCAGCAGCGCAAGGCGAGGCAUGAGGUGCGGCAGGAGACUGAGAGGAGCACUAGUUCUGGGACUGGGCUUACGAGGAAGAUGACAAAUAGUCGAUUGAACCUUAGGUCGCGGAAUGGGUCGAAGCUGGAGGGUUUGUUGUCGAAAAAGUCGAUGGACAUCGAGUUGUUAUGAUUUUCUUGGGCUAGGGAGAUGGUAGAGGUACCCCAAUGUUUCGUUGCAUUUAAACAUCGUUCGGUGGCGUUUGGAAUGCAUGAUACCGCAUUCAGUAGCGCUUCAGCGCAUGUUUGCGGCUGGGCUGGGGGUGAGAUAUACGUGACAGAGCCGAUGAUACAUACACACGGCCGUGGUGAUUCAGUAGUAGGAGCGUAUACUUCUGGGAGCUAUUGAGUCUACUACUUUUUUCGCACACCAUACAGGAGUUUCAUGAGGGGCCGUAUGUAUAGUAUCUCCACCCAUGUGGAUCUAUAGCAAUACCAGCUGGGACGUCCUCGCUUGUAUUGUGUUGCCAUAAAGUCGCAUAUGAGACCGUACUA